GCAAUAGAGGCCUGUAAAGGACACGCAAACGAUUACACGUCUACCGAGAUGGAGACCAAACUUUGCUCAAAAUAGUUUAUUAUUGUUCAAAGGAAGGUUUUUCAAGGUACAAUUACGGUACAGUGUUUUAUUUUGGUAAUAGAAGAAAUAGAAGAUGGUUCUUCUUACGAUGAUUGCACGAUUGGUUGAUGGCCUACCUUUGGCAGCAUCAAUACCUCCAGAUGAACAGUCUGGGAGAGAUGUGCAAGAUUACCAGUCACAAGCCAAGAAAUUAUUCAAGAAGUUAAAUGAAAGGUCUCCAUCAAAGUGCAGCAUUGAAACUGGUCCAUUUGUGUUUCACUAUUCAAUUGACUCAGGAAUAUGUUAUUUAGUACUUUGUGAAAAGACAUUUUCGAAAAGAUUGGCAUUUGGUUAUCUUGAAGAUAUCCAAUCAGAAUUUAAUAAAGAAUAUGGUGGAGAGGUUGCUACAGCAACAAGACCCUAUUCAUUUAUUGAGUUUGAUACCUAUAUUCAGAAGUCAAGAAAAAACUUUAUGGAUUCCAGAAAUAGAAGAAAUAUGGGUCGGAUCAGUGAUGAGCUACAAGAUGUGCAAAGAAUCAUGAUGCAAAAUAUAGAUGAUGUUCUUCAAAGGGGUGAACAGCUGUCAGUGCUUGGAGAAAAGGCAGGUGAAUUGAGAUAUCAGUCAGAGAAAUAUAGAAAAGAUGCGAAAUAUUUGAACCUGAGAUCAGCAUAUGCAAAAUAUGCUGCAAUUGGGAUUGUACUUUUCAUCUUUAUAAUUUAUGUAAGAUACUGGUGGUUAUAAUUUAUGUAGUUUUUCAUUAGGAAAAUCAAUUAUUCAGACAUGGUUAAACAAUACCCAUUGCUAGAAGUGCAGGUUUUUUCUGAUUUGGGAGAAAAGUACAUUUGAUCUAGAGAUCCAUUUUGAAUAAUAUUAAAAGUAUAUUGUUUAAUCUUUAAGUGAUGUUCCUCAAGAGUUUGCUUCAAGCUGUCAAACAUCUCAUUCCUUAUCAGAAAGUCUCUCUUUGCUUUGGAUUAUAAUUUUUGUAUCGUAAAAUGUAUUUACACCUUUUGACCAAUUUAGCAGACAUUAGUAAAUUUGGCACAGUUCAAGUAUAUAUUUCAAAUUAUUUGAUAAUAUACAUUAUAAUCUGUCUUUAGAUUCAAAUUAUUAGUGUCUUUAAAUGUCAUCAUUGACAAUACAUGAAUUGCU